GUCUGUCAACCGCCAAAAAAUGUCUCCGAAAUUUCUGAAUCGCUUUUAGGCAGCUGCAAACCGUCUCGCAAGUAUGCCAUUGAAGUAUUAUUUGCCUCGUUUUUUAUGGUUUACGCGUGAUACUUAACGCACGAUAAAUAGUAGUGCUUUGAGUAAUAGUUUAGAUAACCAACUACGAGUGAUAACGUGGACAUUUUUUUUUUUAUUGACAUUGCUGCGAACGGCGUGAUUAGUUGCGAGAAACUUUGUUUCGUGUAUCAGAAAGUGAUUGUAGGUUAACAUCAAAAAUGUCGAAAGCAGCGACAAAAAAAGCACCUCGCAAGAAAGCUGCUAACGGGUACAAACUGCCAGAACCAAUUCCAAAAGGUGAAAUACUGACUGAUUUGAAAAAGCAGCGAUGGAUCAUCGGUUCCUCGAUUGGCGUUGGUGGCUUUGGAGAGAUUUAUGCAGCGGCCUCUUACAAAGACAAAAUACCCACAGAUUAUCCAGCAGUUAUAAAAAUUGAGCCACAUGGAAAUGGGCCUCUGUUUGUUGAGAUGCAUUUUUAUAUGCGCAAUGCUAAUCCUACAGAUAUCAAUAAUUGGAAAAAAGACAAGGUACUUCCAAAUUUGGGUAUGCCACCUUUCUUAGGAUCUGGAAGUCAUGAGUGUAAUGGUCAGAAAUACAGAUUUGUUGUAAUGGAGCGCUAUGGUAUAGACUUGUGGAAAUUAUUUUUGGCAAAUGGCCGGCAGUUUCCUGAACCUACAGUGUAUAAAGUAGCAUGGCAAAUUAUAAAUGUAUUGGAGUAUAUUCACAAUAAAACAUAUGUGCAUGCAGACAUCAAAGGAGCAAAUUUAUUAUUAGAUCUGAAAAGUCAAAAUCAUGUUUACCUAGUAGACUUUGGCUUAGCAUCACAUUAUACAACCAAGGACUAUAAAUUGGAUCCCAAAAAGGCUCAUAAUGGUACUAUAGAAUAUACGAGUAGAGAUGCUCAUAUGGGAGUGCCAACUAUGAGAGGGGACUUAGAAAUAUUAUUAUACAACAUACUUCAGUGGCUGUGUGGUACAUUACCUUGGGAAAAGAGUUUAAACGAUCCUUCCUGGGUACAGCAACAGAAAGAAAAUGCAUUUAAAAAUGUAAAACAAUUUUUAAAAGAUUGUUUUAAAACGUCAGAUGUUCCAACAGUUGUUAUUGAAUUCAUGACAUUACUGUCCACUAUGACAUACAAUGAUACACCAAAUUAUGACAAAUUUAGAGACAUCCUUGUUAAAGGACUGAACAAGCUCAAUCAUGCGCCAACUGGUGGAAAAUUAGAAUUCACAGUAAAGAAAGCUGAAAAGACAUCAUUUACACCUAGAAAGAUUGCAAAAGCAGCUGCUCAAUCUACUGGAUCUGCUAAAAAAACUAAAUCUACUGCUGCUGCUGCUCCUGCUAAGAGUCCUAAAGGAAGACGAAUUGUUGUACCUGAUAACGAUUCUUUAAACGAUAGUAUUGAUUCUGUGAUAUUGGAUGAAAAAUGUAUGAGUGGAAAAGAUAUGAGAAGAAAACUGCUAGAGAAUAUUGAUGGAGAUGCUGAAUAUGAUGUCCAAAUUAAAAAACGAAAAACUAAGGCAAGUGCAAGUAAUGGAAAUACUCCAAUAAAGCCACCAGCAAAAAGGGGACGGAAAAAAAUUGAAAUAACACUAGAUUCAUCUAUCACUGAUUCUGAGCCUGAGGUAGUAUCUAAAGGAACAAAAUCUCGUCCUGGGACAAAAGCAACACCAACGAAAAGUAAACCAAUGGCUAGGGUUGUUAAAAGAUUAUCAGAAAAUGAUAGUGAAAAAGAUAUGUUUGAUGACAGUAACGACUAAGUAAAAUCAUAGUAGUAGAUUUGAAAUUAAAAAUAAAAUCUAAUCAUAUUUGAUAGUAUUAGACUUUCUGCGAAACUAGAUAUCGCAACAUUGCGAGAAAUCGUAAACAAAUUAAAUUUGGGAAGAUUAAAAAUGACUGUUGAACAAUAUUGAAUCAACUUAUGCAAUUAAUUAGAUUCUAUUCUUCAUGGAUUCUUUUUAUACAUAAUCAAUCAAAUAUAUUUUUCUUGAAAAGAAAACUUUAAUUUCAAAUUCACUUCGCAAACGUAUACUUUAUAUUAUCUGUAUCCGUGAAGCAGAUACCUUGUAAGAUAUUAUUUUUAAACAUUUCAAUCUUGCGACUUUUUUUUUAUCCUUUCCAAAUAAGGCAAACAAAAAUGAAGUAUUGUAAUUACACUUCUGUAAGAGAACACCAAAGUAUUUUUUUUUUUUCAUUUGGAGAUUUUAUAAAUUUUUUUUACUAAAUUAGCAAAAAUUUAAUAUAAUAGAUUCUUCAGCAAAAAAAUAUUUGUUUUGUUAUAAUUAACACCAUCAAUCUGUCAGUGCAUUAAUAAGAUUAACUAAAAUAAUACUUUAAAUGCAUAAACAAUAUACAGAUAACCUUUAUUCACGAAUAAAAUUUUAUUUACAAAAUUUUAUCCGCUCUUUAAUAUAGAAUAUUAUUUUCUGGUACUUAAUAGCUAAUAUACUGUAUCUAAAAAUCUAAGGAGUCAUAUCUCAUAUUCAUCUUUUCAUAUCAAUCUUAUUGUGAAAGUUAAUUAUUAACUUAAGAUUAUAUAUAAAAACAGUCUCCUAUACUUACGUUUUAAAAGAAAAUCUCGCUUUUUUCACUUUGUUAAAAUUGUAAAAAGAAUAUGAAAAGGAAUUUGCUAAUCGUAUUCAUUGCGAAAUGCAUUUAGGUGUAAGUUUACCAAAUAAAUGUAUGCAUUAAUUGAAUGUUAACCUUGAAAAAUUUAUUGAGUCGUAUUUUUGCGAUUUCGAGAAAAGAACGCCGCGUGCUAUAUUUUUAUAACUUUUUAUGAUUUCAAUAAAAGAAACUUUUUUA